UGAAACUGUUUGGACUAAUGAUGACACCCUUGGACUUCCAGUUCCGCUUACAGUUUUGUGCGUCGGAGAGCGAAAAUGGGAGUAGAAAUCGAGACCAUAACCCCGGGUGAUGGCCAGACAUUUCCCAAAAAAGGGCAGACAUGCGUUGUGCAUUAUGUCGGCUCACUGACUGAUGGAACCAAGUUCGACUCAUCCCGGGACAGAGGCAAGCCUUUCAAGUUCAAGAUUGGCAAGCAGGAGGUGAUCCGUGGCUGGGAGGAGGGGGUUGGCCAGAUGAGCGUGGGCCAGAGGGCGACCCUGACCUGCACGCCGGACUUUGCCUAUGGCAGCAAAGGGCACCCUGGCAUCAUCCCACCCAACUCUACACUGAUCUUUGAUGUGGAGCUGAUGGGCCUGGAGUGAAGCCUGUGUGCACUUGUUACGUGUUUAAUUCCACUCAGAUUUUCAGGGUUGACUCCUAUCUCGGGAACAUGGAGGAAAAGGCUAAAGGAAGAUUAAUGCACUUGACUCCUGUAAAAGACUGUCUAAUAGCUUCAGCACUUCACUCUCCUUUCCAUUUAGAUUCAAAUGUGUUUUUGUCGCUUGCUUAAUACCUUAUCCUUGAUCUAGCUUGUCGUAGGACACCCUAACAAGUCAUAGGCCAUACCUUUCAGAUAUCAUGUCAUUUUAUUCUGUUAUGUAUGUUUAUGGUAUUGUUUUUUUUCUUUUUUUAACUUCAAAUUUGUAAGUCAUGCCUGCCAUCAGGGGUAGGUACUGGCAACAUUUGGGAUAAAGUAUCAUUACACACAUUAAAUUUGAUCUAUUUCUUGUG